GAUCACUUUUUUGUUGAUUUAAGUACUUCCUUUUCAAAAUCAAAAUUUGUCAUAUAUGUUUCAAAAUAGUUUUUAUCAUGGGACUUUCAAAAUCUUCAGAAUAAUCGGUAUAUCUUCUCUGAGGCUGUUCUCUACCAGCUCGCAUCGGGUGUGUCGCUUCCAAUGGCCUACAAGAAAAAUGAGUCAAUACGCUGGCUGGACCUGGAGAACAGCCUGCCCGUGUGGAGCCGCAGGUACCAACGGAACACGACGGGAAAUUAUCGGGACAAUCCGCUGAGCAAAUUCAACAAGUACGAUGUCGAGAUUGAGGAUCGCCUGUGGUCACUGUGGGGCAAUCUUCACCCUGAGGCCCCCGUCUUCGAGAGGAGAUUGCGUGGUCGUCAAUAUCUGGCCAUCUAUGUGGUCGCCUGUUGUACGGCCAGCGUGUUCAAUUUGACAGAGUGGAGCGGCCUACUUCUGGACAAGAUUGUUGCGAAUGGCACCAAGUACUUCGAAGAGAGCAUCUCAAAGGGAAAGGGCAAAGGUAACGCGUUACGGAACCUGAGCAUGGACUGCGCCCUGGAAUCCCUCAAGUUUGUCGUCUACAUCGACCAAGUCUGCUGUGGACAGCUCUAUCGUUAUCCCACACGUAAUCAUAUGAAUCUCUGCGAAGCGCUCAACGACUUCUUCAGCCACCACCAAUUCGGCAUUCUGAAAGUGCACAAGCGUGCUUUGGCGAUUGGACUUUGCUUGGGCGAGAAAGGAGGUUACUUCAUGUACGAUUGCCAGGAGAAGGGUUAUCCCGUGUUUACCAAGCAGAAGGGCGGCUCGUACCUGCUCCGCACACGCCAUUUACAUGUGUUGCAUUACUGCAUCGUCGUCACCCUGAAUAUGCCCAACGAGAAUAUUAAAUUUAGCAUCCACCGGGUGGCGAUGUUGCGUGAGGAGGCCUCCCUUGGAGCCGAGGAGGAACAGCGCUUUCUCGGCGACGGAGAUCAAUAGAGAAGUAAGAUACUAUGUUAAGUAAAGUUUAUAAAAUUGUUUUACAAUAAACUGAACAAUCACAAAACAA